AUUCUUCAAGAGAGGGACACCUUGCCUGUGAAGAACUUUGAGCGAAAAAUUCUAGAUGCCAUACAUCAAAAUUCUGUUGUGAUCAUCCGUGGGGCUACAGGUUGUGGCAAAACCACACAGGUUCCACAGUACAUCUUGGAUGAAUGUAUCCACAGUGGAAGAGCUGCAGAAUGUAAUAUUGUUGUCACUCAGCCUAGGAGGAUCAGUGCUGUCUCUGUAGCAGAAAGAGUUUCUUAUGAAAGAGGAGAAGAACCUGGAAAUAGUUGUGGCUAUAGUGUUCGCUUUGAAUCAGUGCUUCCCCGGCCCCAUGCCAGUGUGAUGUUCUGCACUGUAGGCGUCCUCCUGAGAAAGCUGGAAGCUGGCAUUCGUGGAAUCAGUCAUGUCAUAGUGGAUGAAAUUCAUGAGAGAGACAUUAAUACUGAUUUUCUUUUGGUAGUUCUGCGGGAUGUUGUUCAAGCCUAUCCUGAAAUCCGGGUUAUCCUCAUGUCUGCCACCAUUGAUACCAGCAUGUUCUGUGAAUAUUUCUUUAACUGCCCCAUUAUUGAAGUCUUUGGUAGAACCUACCCAGUUCAAGAAUAUUUUCUGGAAGACUGUAUUCAAAUGACUAAAUUUGUUCCUCCACCGAAGGAUAAGAAAAAGAAAGAUAAGGAUGAAGAAGGUGGUGAAGAUGAUGACGCGAAUUGCAACCUUAUCUGUAGUGAUGAAUAUGGCCCAGAAACAAAACACCGCAUGUCCCAGCUGAAUGAGAAGGAAACUCCUUUUGAACUCAUUGAGGCUUUGUUGAAAUAUAUUGAGACCCUGAAUGUCGCAGGAGCAGUCCUUGUCUUCUUGCCUGGCUGGAAUCUGAUAUACACCAUGCAGAAAUACCUGGAAAUGAAUCCACACUUCGGAAGCCAGAGAUACAGAAUUCUUCCUCUGCAUUCCCAGAUUCCCCGGGAAGAGCAGCGCAAAGUAUUUGAUCCAGUGGGCCCUGGAAUGACCAAGGUGAUCUUAUCCACCAACAUUGCAGAGACCAGCAUAACCAUCAAUGAUGUAGUCUAUGUUAUUGAUUCUUGCAAACAGAAAGUGAAACUGUUCACUGCUCAUAACAACAUGACCAAUUAUGCCACUGUGUGGGCGUCAAAAACAAAUCUGGAGCAACGGAAAGGACGGGCUGGUCGUGUCCGUCCUGGAUUCUGCUUCCAUCUCUGUAGCAGAGCACGUUUUGAAAGGCUUGAGACUCAUAUGACCCCCGAAAUGUUUCGAACACCACUGCAUGAAAUUGCUUUGAGCAUCAAGCUUUUAAGACUGGGAGGGAUUGGACAGUUUCUGGCCAAAGCUAUAGAGCCACCCCCUUUGGAUGCAGUGAUUGAAGCAGAGCAUACACUCCGAGAGCUUGAUGCCCUCGAUUCCAAUGAUGAACUGACACCCCUUGGGAGAAUUUUAGCAAGGCUCCCCAUUGAACCUCGACUUGGCAAAAUGAUGAUAAUGGGGUGCAUAUUUUAUGUAGGUGAUGCUGUAUGUACCAUCUCUGCUGCCACCUGCUUCCCUGAGCCAUUCAUCAGUGAGGGGAAAAGGCUGGGUUAUGUCCAUAGGAAUUUUGCUGGAAACCGGUUUUCCGAUCAUGUGGCCCUGCUCUCAGUCUUCCAAGCCUGGGAUCAUGCAAGAAUGGGUGGAGAAAAUGCUGAAAUUCGUUUCUGUGAGCAUAAGAGACUCAAUAUGGCAACACUCAGAAUGACCUGGGAAGCCAAAGUACAGCUGAAAGAUAUUCUGGUUAACUCUGGAUUCCCAGAAGAGAGUUUAAUGACACAGACGUUCAACAACACUGGACCAGAUAACAGCCUUGAUGUUGUGAUAUCUCUUCUGGCUUUUGGUCUGUAUCCCAACGUCUGCUUCCACAAAGAAAAGAGGAAGAUUCUCACUACUGAAGGACGUAAUGCGCUCAUUCACAAGUCCUCUGUUAACUGCCCAUUCAGCAGCCAGGAUAUGAAGUAUCCUUCUCCAUUUUUUGUUUUUGGAGAAAAGAUCCGAACACGAGCUAUCUCUGCCAAAGCAAUGACCUUAGUGAGCCCUUUACAGCUGCUUCUCUUUGGCUCAAAGAAAGUUCUAUCUGAUGGAGAGAUUAUUACAUUGGACGACUGGAUCAAACUGAGGAUGCCACACAACGCGGCCGCCUGUAUUACUUCUUUGCGUGCAGCAAUGGAAGCUCUUGUGGUAGAAGUAACAAAAAAUCCAGAAAUCAUCAGUGACUUAGACCCUAUGAACAAACAGAUGCUGAAUGUAAUUUGCGAAAUCUCUAAACCAUUAGCUGCUGGAAUUAACCUUGCAGCAGGUGGCAACAUGAGGUUUGGCGAUGGACCUCGUCCACCCAAAAUGGCUCGAUAUGACAGUGGAGGUGGCUACAGAGGAAGAGGUGGAAGUGGCUACAGGGGGGGCUACCAAGGUGGAUAUGGAGGAGGAUAUCGUGGUGGAUAUAAUUCUUACCGCGGUGUUUCUGGAGGAAGGGGAUAUUCAGGAGGUGCUGGAGGAGGUGGUUUUCGAGGUAGUGGAGGUUUUCGAGGUUCAGGUGGAAGAUACCAAGCUGGAGGAAACAGAGGUGGUGGCUUUAGAGGGGGGUGGGGUGGUUACUGACAAAAUGUUAGUGAGGAUUUGUUGCACUUUGGAUCUGAAGCUGAAAAAGAGCUUAAAGGAGCUCAGUCCUUUCCUGGGUUCCCAUGUUAGCCACCUGAUCUCUGGAAAAUGCGUUUAGAGUCAAGAUGAUGCCAAUAGCCUAUGCCCACUCUGAAGCAUCUUUUUGGCUAUAUCCAAAGCAUGGCCAUCCUUAAAUGUUAGUAAACCCAGAGUAAAAGUUUGCAUGAUCUUGUUUUAUUCCAUACAUUUCUUUAUUUGUAGUACAGAACUCUUCCUGGUUUAGGAGUUCAUCAUACUUUGAAACAUUAAUUUGAAAUGAUAGUUAUAUGCAGUAUUCAGAUUAUUUUAAUUUUAUAUGUGUUUAUUUUGAUCCUAAUAAAGUUGUUAAUUUUUAAUGGAUUAUGUCCUAGAUAUGGGCUUAAAUAUUUGGUGAUUAGUUGUAUGAUCAAAAAUUGUAUGAGCUGGUUGAUGCCUUUGGUACUAGGAUUGCAAGUUAGGAGUUUAAAGUACUUUAUCUGUUUAAACAUUUGUUGUUUGUCACUUACAGCAACUUCUAAAAUAAAAAUACAGUACAACUCCAAAAAUGUCAUAAAAUACAGUAAACAGUGUCUUUUGAAUACCUGUAAAAUAGUUAAUCUGCCAACUCAAAAUACACACCAUGUAUCCUUUUCUAAAACAAGUAAAAAGGUAGAGUGUUCAGCCUCAGCUAUUAGACAGCUUUGGAGCAAUCAUUAUACAAAUUUUGCUUCCAGUAACUAUAAUUUUGUGCAUUGUCACAAUUUGAAUCUUCCCUGUAGAGUAAUAAAGAGAAACAUGGCCUUCAUGUUAUAUGUAUCAGAUAUUUCUAAAUGGGUUCAUUUCACAAGAGAGUACUACAUAGAAUAUUUUACAGCAGCAUAAAUCAACUAAUUCUCAGUAGAUAUGAAUUCUGUAUGCUAAAUAAAGCUGUUGAAAUAUGCUUUUAAUUGUACUUCUCAGAUAAAGUUUGGUAAA